AAACACUCAACACCACACACGCGUCACACCCCACUGACAUGCAGCAGAUAGCAGCGGAGGUCACUUUCAGUGCAUUCCCCCUGCCAAUGCAUCAUCUCAGCUUGGCACGCCUACGCAAAGUGGAUCCACCCAGCCAUGUAUGUGAAAAAACCGAGAGGAGAGAGAGCUGUACAAACAAGACAGCACAGCAGCACAACGACACCAUGUAGGUAGGUGCCUACGAAACGUGACUAACGUAGUAGCCUUGGUCGGUCAGCUAUUGGCAGCUGCCGUCGUCUACUGGUCGGCCACAUGGUCAGAAAGCUACGCUGCGGCAGGCUGGGCGUGCGCGUGUGGUGUAUCCUCCCCGACGACCGUCUCCUUGACGUGCUGCGCCUUCCGGCGCUCCAGCGUGUCGACAUCCUCGUCGAAAUGAGCCAGCUGUACACACAUGCAUACAUACAUAUAUCAGACAUUCGAUCAGCACGUGGCUGGUGUGUGCAUGGAUGUGACGGCACUGCAUCCAUCCAUCCAUACCUUCCAGUUCAGGACGGUGUCUGCGAGGCCCUUGGUGAGGGUGUUGGUGCCAGAGCCGAACACCGCCGCCUGCAUCCCGAUCGCCAGCUGACCAGAUCAUGCACAGACAGACAGACAGACAGAGAGAGAGGUGUGUGCACCACAUGAACAUGCAAGAAGCCGGUCACCUUGGCUAUUUGUCGUCCCGAGAAUCCCUCGGUGCGCUUGGCCACCAUGUCCCAGUACUCGUCGUCCAGCGCCGCAUCGACAACGAUCUUCCGGCCUGGGGAAAUGAUUGGUUGAAUGAGGACACGACAACAGGUACAGGGAUCCUUGUGCGUGUCCGUCUGGCAUUGUACCUCUCUUAGUGGGAGUGUAGAUGUACUCGUCGACAAACAUCUUGACCAUCUUACGCCGACCCUCCAAAUCUGACUCACGCACACACAUUGACCCACAGGCCACAUUUGUCAAUAGACAGACCGAUGGGCCGGGCCGGCUUCCCUCUCUCUCGCUAGCUAGUGCAGUGCGGUGCGCUCACCGGGCAGGGGGAACUCGAAUUGUUCGUCGACACGGUCGAGCACGGCUCUGUCCAUGACCUCACGCACGUUGGUCGCCAGCACCACACAGAAGUUGGUCGUCUCAGUGCCAGUGUGAUGCAGAAAGGCCUACCACACACAUGCACCACACACGUCGACGCAGAGAUGGGCGCAGAGACACAGAGGAGGCGCACUGACCGAGAGGCAGUUUCUGAGUUCCUCCGACAUGGUGCCCUCGCCCAUUCUGCCGCGCCGCAGGAAGGCGUCAGCCUCGUCGAUGAACAAGAUCAGCCCUGAGAGAGGCGCACACAUACAGAUAGAUGUAUAAGCUGACUGACUCGCUGGCCGCCUGUGGUGAAUGGAGUUUGCAAUAAUCGCCUGGCCUGCCUUUUCUGGAGCUGUUGGCCCAUCUGAAGAGCUUGUUGAUCUCGUUGACCGCGUCCUUGCCUGACCACGCACCACCACAGACAGACGCGUUGUCACCUCCCUCCCUGCCUCCUCCCAGCCAGCCUCUUUCUCACCGAGCGGCCCGAUGUCUCCGCCCGUCAUGAUGGCAUAGUCGAGACCAGAAUUGCGCGAGAUACUGCACACCACACGACACACACACAUGACAUACAUGGUCAGCAGGUUUAUUGCCCCCCCUGCCUCUCUGAUUGCAUUGCGCGUACGUCCGUGCGAAAAGGGUUUUGCCGGUCCCCGGGGGGCCGUAGAGGAGAAGGUGUCUGAACGGCGUGCCGUUCCUCUUGGCGUUGACCAGAGAGUUAGACGUCCACUCCAGCCUGCAUACCAUACACACAACACACGUGGCUGGGUGUCACCCAGCUGUCCUUUCUCUCUGUCUGUUCAGUGCACGGACUGACCUCUCUGAUAGUUCUGCGGGCAGCACGAUUUUCUCCUGGAAGCUCGGCCGCCGCCACAGCCAACCCAGCAGAUAACUCCUCCACGCACGCUGUAUACACACACACGAGAGCCACCACACCAGGACUGUGCGUGUGAGUGUGUGAGUGUGUGUGUGCGUGUGUGUAUACAUUGAAGCUCCAUCUGGAUGUCUCGCGGACGAGAGGCGGCUUGCCAAGGCGGGACUCCUGCACACACACGGGUUGCAGACAGACAGACAGACAGACAGCGAUGGGUGGGGCAGUUGGUGUUGGGUAUGCCUGUGGGUAGGUAUGUGGUUACUUACAAUGUAUCUGCCGGCGAUUUGAGUGCCCACACGCGCACCGUAGAUGCCUGAGUGCCCACCACACACACGCUUUGGUUGGGGCACGCGGGGUGGGGAUUUGUGUGUUGAUCGAUGCAUCCAUCGAUCCCAUACCUACCUAGUGCAGCAGCGGUGAUUCCUCCGACCACAGUGGCGAGCCGCGUCUUGUCCUCGAUGAGGCUGUUGAACGCUGAGUAACACACAGAGAGACACAUACACACACACACACACACGGGUGUCCCAUCCAUCCAUCCAUCCAUCCAUCGGGGCACCCACCUCCGCCGAUGGAUCCGAAAAUGAUUUGUAGCUGCUCCAUCUUGGUCUUGCGCUCCUCGGCAAACCUGGCCCGCAGACUCCUCAAAUGCACAUCGGCAUUCUCACGCUCCUGUUUCACACGGGCGGCUGCCUCCUCCUGCAACCAGCCACACACUCAGACGAGACGGCGGCAGGCAGAUUGUGCAGACAGAAGACCAGAUAGAUGUGUGGAUCAUCCAUCUACUCGACGCACUUACCCUGAUUUUCUGGAGCUCGGUUUCCCUGUCCAGCCUGGCCUGCUCCGCCUGACGCCGCCGCCGCGCCUCCUCCAGCUCCAACUCUGCACGCGCAACACACACACACACACACACACGCACGUCUGAGUGGUCGUGGGUCUGUCUUGUGUCACUACCGGUGUUGAGUGCGAGUCAGUCGAUUCGUACGUACGUACCAUUUUUCUUUCUGAGUUCCUCUUGCCUGAGGAACUGCUGGUGCUGCUGCUGCAGCCACUCCUCGUUCUGCUUCUUCUGGUCCUGCAGCUUCUUGGAAUACGCCUCACUACAUCAAAACAUCAUUCAGUGAUUGAAUGAAUGAAGGGCAAGACAAGACAUGAUGGAUGGAUGGCCGAGUGGGAGGGAUAUGUGGUCUGUGCUGUGUGCUGUGUGCUCGCUUCCUUCCUGCGUUGCUUACGCCUCAAGCUGUGCCUUGUAUCUGGCGGUUUCCCGUUCCCUGUCGUGUUGGUGGUCGACAGUCUUCCUCUUCUCCUCCGCCUCCAUGUGUGUCCGCUCCUUGACCGCCUGUGCACGGGCCGUCGCCAACUGAUGAAUGAACCAGUCAAGAAAUGGAAUGGACAACAACCGACACAACCAACACAACCAACACGGGAACCGAUGUCGACGCAUUGUGAUGGGUGACAUGACAGACAUACCUCUUCCAUCUGUUUCUGCAGUUCCUUCUGCUUGGUGGCUUCCUGCAUCUUGGUGACCUCGAACGCCUUGCCGGCAUUGGGCGAACUGUCCAGCUCCUUCAGAGCCUUGGCGCCGCGCUCAAGCGCCGUGGGGUCAACUGCAUCAGCCAACCACACGGACAAAGACACAGACACAUAGACAGACAGACACAGACAGAUAGACAGACACGUGUGAGCGUAGUGCAAGCUGGCUGUGAUAGAUCUCCAUGGUGGCAGUGCGUGUGGUGCAUGGCAUGCAAGGGCCGUCAGCUCACAUCGGCCAGUGAUAUUAUCCCCUUCCUUGUCCCCCUUUCCAGCCGGCAUCCCGCCGGCAGGAGCGGCCACUGGGGGAGCUCCGCCGCCAGACGGCGGCUUGCCGCCACUUAGGCUUGGGAAAUACAUGGUCCUGGAGCUGAUCUGCUUCUCUCUGACCGAGAUCUCCUCUCACG